ACACUGGUGGCAAAGCCAAGGUCUAAUGUAAAAUGACACAAUAAGUACAAAUGCGAUAACCAAAUAGAGCAAACGUCAUGUUUUCCUAUCUGACGAGUCAGAACCAACGUUUUAACAUCCAACUUCUGCAGGAGGCUGCAUAUCGUGAGCUUAUACAACACCUGGACCAGAUCGAGGGCUCAACCGUCAUCGCGCUGGACGAGGCAAUGAUUGGGCCGUUUACGCUAGUAACGAAACCAAAGCUUUUUAAUGAACGAGCAAUUAGGAUUGUAACUCUUAAGCCGGACUUGGUCUUUCCCAAAGAUAUCAGAAACAUCGUCUACAUUCUUCGACCGAGAGUCUCGCUUAUGGAUCAACUGGUGGGUCAUGUCAAAUGUUAUGGUCUGGUCAGUGGGCGCCAGUUCCAUAUUCUUUUUGCACCACGACGAUCUUGCCUAUGUAUUAACCAGUUACAGAACAAAGGCGUGUUAAACAGUUUCAGUCGCAUUGAUGAGCUGUCCUGGAGCUUUCUGCCGCUAGAUGCGGAUGUGGUGACAAUGGAGAUACCUAAUGCCUAUCGCGACGUAAGCAUCGAUGGCGACACAAGCUCUCUGUACCAGGUAGCUAUUGGCCUCGUUCAGCUACAGCGCCUUUAUGGCCGCAUUCCAAAGAUCUACGGAAAGGGUGUCCAGGCACAACGCGUUUGGAAUCACGCUAAAAAUCUGGGAAUGGAGGAAAAGGCGCUGUACAACGGCGACAAAGGGGCCAUUGAUCAGUUGAUUCUGCUAGAUAGGGGCAUCGACCUGCUCAGCCCCCUGGCCACGCAGCUCACCUACGAGGGCCUCAUCGACGAGUUCUACGGCAUUCGGCAAAAUAAGCUUUCACUCCCUGCAGAGUUGUUUCCCUCCGAUAAGACAGCAGAAGGCCGUAGACCCGAUGAAUACUUGCCGCAAACUUCAGAAAAGAAAACCAUACUGAUGCACUCUGGAGAGCAGCUGUACGCGGAGCUGCGUAAUAAAAACUUUAACGAAGUAACCAAACUCCUUGCCCGCAAAGCGAGAGAGAUCCACACCCAGAUGCACGCCACAUCACAAGACAAGACCGUACAGGAAAUCAAGAGUUUUGUGGAAAACAUAUUACCCCAGCUGAUGGCCCAGAAGAAGUCAACUUCAGAGCACACAGCUAUAGCCGGCCUUAUUCACGAACAGGUGAAUGCCACCACCUUCGCAGACGACCUAGCUGCGGAGCAAGACUUCAUGGUCUGCGCCGAUAUAGACAAGCCUAGUGCGUUCAUCGAGGACAAAAUAGCCAGAAAGGCCGAUAUACGCAAUGUGUUGCGCCUUAUUUGCUUGCAGUGUGCCGCCGCCUCCGGUCUCAAGGAUAAGCUCCUCAUCCACUACAAACGUGAGGUGGCCCAGGUCUAUGGUAUUGAAAUGUUACUCACCUUCAGUAACCUAGAGAUGGCCGGCCUGCUACAUCCGCAGACGGAUUCGCGAGCAUAUGCUGUGCUGAGAAAGUCGCUACAUCUAACAGUAGAGGAUAAUGUCGAGGUAGAUCCAAAGGACAUCAGUUACGUACAUAGCUUCUACGCUCCGCUGACCGCACGCCUGGUGGAACUUUCUUUGAAGCCGCUUGGCUGGCAGACACUGAAAAGCCAGAUUAACAAUCUCCACGGGCCGACCUUCGAGGACUUCCAAGCUCAGCUUAUUGGAAUAGGCGGUCGGCAUGCGGGUUCCAUGGUCAGCGAGUGCUCGCUGUUGCAUGUUCCGCGCGUUGUACUGGUCUGCUUUGUAGGAGGAUGCACGUUCGCGGAGAUUGCCGCCCUGCGGUUUUUAGCAGACCAAGAGGAUAACAAUGUAGAAUUUCUGAUCGCAACCACCAAGAUCAUUAACAAGAACACAUUCCUUGACAGCCUGUUAAGCGCAUGAUCGCCCCGCCACAAGGUCUCGUCCACUACCACUAAUCGACCAUGUUUGAGUACCUGCAUGGCCCAUUUGCACUCGGACCCUUAAAAACAAGGUAUGCUUAGAUUUUCGAUUGUAUUGAAGAAAUCUUUAGCGGAAAUCUGUUACGUUUAUGACGUCUAUUCAUAAAUUACAUUUAUAUUAUUUACAUUUAUAAUUAUAAGUACCUAUUUUUG